UUUUGAGCGUGGCCGUUGCCAGUACCGCCUGACUGGCCUUCGUGCGGGUGACACGUAAAAGCACCCACUACACUCUGAGUGGUUGGCGUUAGGAAGGGCAUCCAGCUGUAGAAACUCUGCCAAAUCAGAUUGGAGCCUGGUGUAGCCAUCUGGUUUCACCAGUCCUCAGUCAAAUCGUCCAACCCAUGCUAGCAUGGAAAGCGGACGUUAAACGAUGAUGAUGAUUUUUAGAGAGGGUUUUCUCCAGAAUAUUCGACUCGAUGAACGCUUUCAUUUGAACAAAGUAGCAUUCAUCACUGGAGGUGGAAGUGGAAUAUGUUUUACCAUCGCUGAGAUCUUUAUGAGACACAACUGUGAUACUGUGAUUGCCAGUCGCAAACUGGAGAAAUUGGUUAAAUCUGCAGAUAUUCUAGAGAAAGCUACAGGGAAACAGUGUCUCCCUAUCCAGGCAGACGUAAGGAAGCCCCAUGAAAUUCAAAACGCGGUUGAUAAAUCACUGCAGAAAUUCGGAAAGAUAGAUAUUGUGAUUAAUGGUGCUGCUGGCAACUUCUUGUGUUUGGCCUCCAAUAUGUCGUUCCAUGCUUUCCAAACUAUCCAAGAAAUUGACACCAUGGGAACCUUUAAUGUCAGUAAAGUGGUCUAUGAGAAAUACAUGAGAGAUCAUGGAGGUGUCAUCCUCAAUAUCACAGCCACUCAACAUUACAGAGGAGUACCACUGCAGUGUCAUGUAGGUGCUGCCAAGUCUGCAAUUGAGGCUUUGACAAAACACCUUGCUGUGGAAUGGGGACCCAAUGGCAUACGUGUGUUGUGUAUAGCACCAGGACCUGUGUCUAACUCAGAAGGUUACCGGAGACUAGUUUCUCCAGAAAUUUCUGAAGCAAUGUUAAGUGAGCAUAUACCUAUUGGGCAGAUUGCAACCCGAAGUGAUAUUGCAAAUAUCGCUGUGUUUCUGGUCAGCAAAGCAGCUGGUCUUUUGACUGGUGUUACUGUGGUAGCAGAUGGUGGUCAUUGGAUGGGAAGUUUGAAAAGUUGGACGGAUCAAAUUAUGCUAGCAAAGAAAUCUGCAAAACUUUGAUUAGUCUGUGUGUGUGUGUGUAAAUGUUUGUACAUGUGUGUCAAUAAAUAUGUGCAUGUAUAUGUAUGCAUUUGUAUGUAUAAAUGUAUGUACACAUGAUUGUAGAAACAUAUGUAUGUGCAUAUAUGUUGGCAUGUGUAAAUGUCUACAUGUAUGUGUUUGUGUAUCUGUCUGUGUUCAUGUAUCAAUUUAUGUGUGCAUAUUGUACAUGUAUGUGAGUGCAUAACUAUUUGUGUGUAUAUAUGUGUGUAAAUACACACACGCAUACUAGUGUGUACAUGUGUAUCAAUAAAUAUAUAUGUGUAUGUAUGUGUGCAUUCAAGUGUGUAUGUAUUAGGACAGUUAUAUGUUCGUGAGAGUAUUGUAUGUGAAUGUGGGAGACACCCUAUUUAAUCAUUUGCUUUGAAGUGAUAAUGGGGGGUGGGCAGAGCUACAGAAUUAAUUGAUAAUUGUGGAGGAGUUUGCUGUAUAAUCAGAUUUGGAUAUUGAUAUUGAUAAUCUUACCUGUCUAAAAAACAUUCCUCUCCUUAAUAUCUCUCCAUUGCUCCUUCACACAGACAUGUGCACACACACACACAAACAUAUAUGUAUAUGUAUGUGUGUGUGUGUGUAUAUAUAUAUAUAUAUAUAUAUGUAUAAUACAAAGAAUAUAUAUACAUGUAUACACACAUAUAUGUACAUACUUACAUCUACAUGUGUAUAUAUAUGCAUAUCAGGGUACAGGACGUUAGAACAAUGAACUACAGACAACGGAACAAACACAUAGGAAAACGGAAAGCCACUUGGAAUAUCCCUUCAUCUAUAUAUAUGUAUAUGUAUAUGU